CUUCCUCGCCGCCUUCUCUUUGUUUCUCCCCCCACGAGCAGCAGCGGCGGCGGCGUUCGGCGGUCGUAGAUGGCGAAGAAGCUGGGGAAGAAGGCCCGCAAGUUCGCGCACAAGCACCUCCAGGGCGGCGCCAAGCGCAGCCGCAAGCUCCGCUCCCAGUUCAACCGCCGCACCCGCAAAGAUGGGAAAGGCCGGGAGGAGGAGGUGGACGGCGACGAGGAGAUGCGCCGCGGCGAUUCCACCAUGAACACAAACGAUGAUGUUGCAACUUUGGCUAACUAUCUAGAGUUUCCAGAGGAUGAGAACGAAUUAGAUGGGGAUCUAUCUGAGAGUGAUGGCUAUCUAUCAGAGGAUCCAGAGUGUCUGUACUAUUCUGACAGUGAGGAUGGCAAUGUUCUCGAAGAUUGUAUUGCAGAAGAUGAUCUUGAUGAACAGAACAAUGAUAUGAACCUAGCUAUAAAAAAGCAAAAGAAAAAGUUGAAGAAGUUGCUUGAUAAGGACCCUGAGUUUGCAAACUUCCUUGAGAAAUGGCAGUCGGAGUUGGUGAGCCAUGGAAGUAAAGAAGAUUCGGAUGAAGAAGAUGAGAUGGAUUCCAUGCACGAUGGUGUUGAUUCUGGUGAUAGAAAUCCACCGAACGAUAAGAUCCUUACAAGCAAGACGAUAAGUGAAUGGUGUCAGUUAGUUUCAAAGGAACCUAAAACACCUGUUCUGCGUAACCUACUAAAUGCUUUUCGGGAUGCAUGUCGAUUUGGUGUGAACUCCAAUAGCCUUUCCAUGCAGAGACUUCAAAGUACCGAAGUAUUUUAUCAGAUAAUAUCAUUUGUUCUUGCUGAGGCAGACAACAUUUUACGUGCUCUUUUAGACAUUUCCGAUGAUGACAAAGGGAAAAUUAUGAAUCUGAGACAUGGAAAUAAGUGGCAAGCUAUUGAGCCGCUCAUAAAGUCUUACUUGUGGAACUCUCUUGAUCUGCUUAGUCAACUGACUGAUAACCAGAUGCUUACGUUUGUUGUGACUCAGCUUAGACCAUCUGCGGUAUUUUUCUCCGCAUAUCCCUCAACAUCAGGGAAGCUUCUCAAGAUCUUAAUUCGAUUGUGGGCAAGUGGUGAUCAGAACUUGUCUUUGUCUUCAUUUCUUAUGAUCCGAGAAUUGGCUUCACUGUUACCUGAUUGUCUGGAUCUUUGCCUAACUAAAGCAUAUAAUGCAUACCUUGCCAGUUCCAAGCUUGUGGACAACAGAAAUAUUAAACAUAUCGAAUUGUUUAUGAAUUGUCUGGUGGAACUUUAUUCUCUGGAUGUUCAUAAAUCAAGUGAAAGGGUAGUAACUUCCGUGGGACAAUUGAGUGCUAUUCUUAGACAGGCUUCUAAAACGAAGGAAAAGGAAGACCUAUUGAAGAUAGAUAACUGGCAAUAUAUUAACUGUUUAAACCUAUGGGUUAGGUUUAUUUGUGUUAAUUACAAGGAUUGUGAUCUGCGGACAUUGUUACCUACAGUUGUUCAGAUAAUAAGAGGAGUGGCCCAUUUGUUGCCAGGCAUACGGUACUUGCCACUGAGACUGAAGCUUGCGCAGAUGCUAAAUGAGCUCUCAAAUUGCAAUCAGAUGUUCUUUCCGGUUCCAUCUUUGAUAUUUGGCUGCCUAGAAUUUAGGGAGAUAUCUCAGAAAGAACAAACACAAAAAACAAAGAUCCAUUUUUCAUCACUAUUGAAGGUGCCAAGGAACCUGCUGAAAUCAAGAUAUUUCCAAGAGCAGUGCAUUCUUUCAGCUAUUGAUGUUCUAUCGGCACAUUUUGCCCAGUGGAGCUAUCAUGUUUCUUUUCCAGAAGUAGCCACCAUUCCGCUCAUUCUCUUGAAAAGAUUACAUGAGCAGACACCAAUUGAAUCCCUCCAUCGCCCUCUUAAGCGAUUGAUAGACCAGGUGAGUGAGAACAGGGAUUUUGUACAAAGGAAGAGGGAGGUUGUUUCUUUUUCACCAAAUGACCAGUCAGCAGUGGAGAGUUUCCUCCAGGACGAGAAAAUUAGCGGAAAUGCUUCCUUCACACAAUUUUACGCUUCGGUAUCAAAGAAUAGUCAAACGAGAGGAAGAAAAUUGCUAUAAAAGGUGAACCUGCAUGUUAUAGUUGAUUGGCUAGCAGACGAGGGCUAAAUGACUAGACUACGAACCGAGGAAUCACUUGAGUUUGACUCUGGUGUUGAUGAAUGAUGCUCUCCUCAUGUGCGAAAGUCCGAGAUUAUGGCUGGCUUACUGUUGGUCAGCAAACAAUGCCGCUGCCCUUUGUAUGCCAGAAAUUGUCACAGUUUUGUAGAUUAAACGUACGGCUCCUUUGGAGCAGAGGAAUUUUGCAAGACUGGACUUCUAUAUAUUGACGAUUAUUUUGUUCUAUGUCGCUUUAGAUGCAGCUGGCCAUCGUUCUGUAACUUUGCUCGCACUUUCCUUGAUGAAACGUAUAAGACCUGUCAAAUCUAGGGACACCCCCAAUGCAUUGCUAUAUUUUUA